AUGUUGACAUUGCUUUGCCUAUUACCUAAAAUCACUCUCGCAUUACUUAAAAUUACCCAGGCUCAAAGACCGUCUUUUGCUGGCCAAAGACCUGGAGAUGGACUAAGUCAGAAGGACAAACACUUCGGAACUAAAACUACCGCCGUGGAGAAUAUUAAUGGAAUUACAGGUCCCAGAGACCCAAAAUUUCCUGAACAGAAUAUAUAAAACCUUCCUUAUGGAGCACCCCAAAGGCCGCCCGUGGGAGAUCCGGUGGUUUAUCCUUCCACACCGGAGGAUUUGUCAACCUCGUCCAGCCUCGUCAACAAAGUUGACAGAUUUCCCACUCCAAAUGCCCCAGAUCACAGUCGAUUUCCCAUCGAUGCACAAGGUGACAAGGACUGGAUUUUGGACACAAGGAUUUUUUAA